AUGACUCUCACGCAUAUGCCCAUCCGGCUCUCCGUCCGGACAGAAACCGAUGCAGACAAGGACCCCCAAGCGCCACCACGAGCGGUGGCGCCCGGCUUGACCCCUCCGGUGACCCCCACUGUUCUAGAAGAGCGCAGUCCAGCUUCAUCCGAGCCCGCAGCGCCCUCGCUCCCUACUGAUGUUAUUCCAUCGUCCUUGGAGCCCUUCACCCCUCUUCCAUAUGAGGGAGACCUCGAGUUCCAGUAUGACCCCAAGGGUCGUCCCCUCGAGUACGGUCGAGGCGUUUGGAGCGUCGUCUACAUGGCCUCCCGCACGUCGCCGCCCUCGUCGCCGCUCAUGACCCCUCCAAGCUCCCCCGCCCCAGGCAGCAGGCUCGUCGCCGUCAAAUCGCCUGCACGCAAGGAUGCCCACGCUGUCCUAGACGCCGAGGGCCAAACCCUCACCCGCAUCACCAGCGUCCCGGGCUCUGAGCACCAUGUCGUGCCCUUCCACGGCUACAUCGCCGAGUCGCACUCCCUCGUCAUGUCCGCCGUCCCGCUGUCGCUCGCUACCUACAUCGAGGACAAGGCCGGCCUCGCGCAGAAGCAGCUCUCCACCCGCACCAUGUUCGACCCCGUCCAAGGCCUAUCCCAGUGGCAGGAUCUCGCGCGGAAGCUCAUCGCCGGCCUGCACUGGCUGCAUUCGGCCUCGCACGUCGUCCACGGCGAUAUCAAACCCCACAAUCUCCUCCUGCAACCUCGGUCCGCCGCCGCCGCCGCCGCCGCCGACGGCUUUCCCUUCGACGUCCUCUUCGCGGAUUUCUCCUCCGCCCAUAGCAUCGCUGGCGACUCGCUCUCCGCCGUCAAGGGCUCCGCCGCUACCACCGCGCUGACGGCCCUGACGCCCCCCUUCGCCGCGCCGGAGCUCCUUUCCGUCUCGUCCCUGACCUCGCCGGACGUCGCUCCCACCCCCGCCUCCGACGUCUUCUCUCUCGCCGUCACCCUCCUCGCCGCUGCCACCGGCGAUCUCUUGAUCUACCCCGGCGCCAGCAGCAUGCAGCGCCUCGCCAUGGCCCGCGAGGGCCAUCGCGUCAUCGAGUUCGCCCGCUCCGGCCCCAGCGGCUCCCGUGUGCCGCGCAACGGCCUCGUCGAGCGCAUCAUCGCCCCGGCGCUCUGCAAGGACCCCGCGAAGCGCAUCCUUCCUGGGGAUUGGUUGGAUCUGGUGAAUGCUGCGGCUUAA